UUAACUAACCGUCGUGUCCCCUCCAAUGGCGGACGGAGGAGACGAGCCCGACGAAGCCGAGGAGCUCGGCGGCAGGCAGAAGGCGGAGAUCGCCAAAUGGUUCCUCGCCAAUGCCCCCGCCGGGGAGAUCCAAUACGUCGCCAAAGACAUGCGAUCGAUCCUUGGGGAUGACGCAAUCUACGAGAUGGCUGCAGCAGAGGCCUACCCCGUCUACAACAAGGCGCAUUUGAUUGCUCUCCAGAUGCCUGAUCGGAGUGGUGAUGUACUUAUUACGGCAUAUGGAGAACUUGACAAAAACAAUUAUUUUGAUCCCAGGACUGCUCAAGUUGCUACAGUGGAUCAUGUCAAACAAGUAUGUACAAAUGUAAGACCUGCUAGUGAUGAGGAGCUCCCAUCUCCAUAUAUUGAGGAGUUCCGGAGUACCCUGGCUGAUGAACUCAGCAAAUAUGUUGGAGAAACUUAUCCAAAGGGAACCUGUGCAGUUUACUGCAUUAGUGGUAAAGAUGCAGAAGGACCAGGAGCUGAUUUUGAGUUUGUAAUCGUGAUUUCUGCUACUAAGUAUAGCCCACAAAAUUUCUGCAAUGGAAGAUGGCAGUCAACUUGGAAUGUGGAUUUCAAGGAUGAUCUGCAGUUUGUGGAAAUAAAAGGAAAGAUACUAGUAGGAUCCCAUUACUUUGAAGAAGGAAAUGUCCACUUGGAUGCUAAAAAUGAAUUCAAGGACUCCACCAUCUUCCAGUCUCCUGAAGAUUGUGCUGCCUCAAUAACCAACAUUAUUUGCCACCAUGAAACUGAAUUUAUGGCAUCUCUUGAGGCAUCGUAUGUGCAUUUACCUGACACCACUUUCAAGGAUCUGAGAAGGAAACUUCCAGUUACUCGUACGCUUUUCCCAUGGCACAGUACUUUGCAGUUCAGCCUUACAAGGGACAUAACAAGGGAACUUGAAAUUGGACAGUGAAGUUUUCCAGGAACGAUCGUUGUAAAGAUAGACUUGCCUCUCUUCACACCUAGAAAUACCCAUCGUUCACAGAUAUGUACAACCUUUUGUAUUCUACUUGCACUCUCUGAUUUAUUUGUCUGUUGCACGGAGUUUGAAAAGAAAAUAAUGUCCUCUGCAAUUUGUUGUACGUGGUUCACUGAUCUUAUUUAGAAGCUCACUGAUGACUGAUUCAGUAGGGCAAAGACCUGAACCGUGGAUGACCUCGUCUCCGAACAAGCACUGCGGGGCAGCAGCUGUACACAGCCUUUAGUAGUAUGAUGUAUGACGUGAGAACCAUAUGUUACAAAACUCAUUUUAACCAUGUCAGCAUGCUAAUCUGGAAUCUCUAUAGCCUUAAACUCGAUUAACUGCUAUACUGCAGGCAUUUCUUUU